AUGCCUAGACAAAGAAGAUCAGCUCCAGCUCCAAGACAACAAACAAGAUCAGCACAUACAGCAGCAGCACCAUCAUCAUAUGGUCAACAACAUCAUUCGUCAUAUCCAGCAGCUCAUCCACAAACACAACAAAGACAACCAGGAUUAUUUGGACAAAUGGCAUCAACAGCUGCUGGUGUUGCAGUAGGUUCAACUAUUGGUCAUACUUUAGGUGCUGGUAUAACUGGAAUGUUUGGUGGUAGAUCCGAAGCUCCAGUAGAACAACAACAUCAACAACAAGAUUUAACUCAAUAUCAACAACAACAAUCAUAUGUUGGUCAACAAGAACAAACAAGACAAUGUGAUGUUGAUGCAAGAAAUUUUACUAGAUGUUUAGAAGAAAAUGAUGGUAAUAUGCAAACUUGUGGUUAUUAUUUACAACAAUUAAAAGCUUGUCAAGAAGCUUCAAGACAAUAUUAA